CCACCGCCUCGUCUCCCUCGACCUCGACCGCGCCCGCCGCUUCUUCCGCUCCGCCAUCGCCCGCCGCGCCGACGCGCGCACCUACGCCAUCCUCAUGAACGGCCUCUGCCGCACCAACCGCAUCGACGAGGCCUUCAAGCUCCUCCGCUCCAUGAAAAGAGCGAACUUGGAGCCCAGCGUCGUCCUCUACAACACCCUCGUCCACGCCCUCUGCCGCGGCGGCAAGGUCGGCCGCGCGCGGAGCCUCUCCAGCGCCAUGGACGCCGCGCCCAGCGCCGUCACCUUCAACAUCCUCAUCUCCGCGUACUGCGCCGCGGGCGACCCCGUCAGGGCCAUGGUCAUGCUCGAGAAAAGCUUCGACCUCGGCUUCAUCCCCGACGCCAUCGCCGUCACCAAGCUCGUGGAUUUGCUCUGCACCCGCGGCCGCGCCGCGGAGGCCGUAGAGGUCUUAGACAGAGUGGAGGAGAAAGGUGGAAAGGUCGACGCCGUGGCGUACAACACUCUGAUCAAGGGCUUCUGCUGUGCGGAGAAGCCGCAGGUGGGCCUGAGGGUUCUCAGGGAGAUGGAGAGGAAAGGGGUUCUCGCCAACGUGCGCACCUACAACAUACUCAUCUCAGGGCUCUGCAAUGCUGGAAAAGUGGAAGCCUCUUCAGAGCUCUUCAGUGAGAUGAGGAACGAUGGGAUUAGUCCCAAUUUCGAAACUUUCGAUAUGUUGAUUCGUGGGUUGUGCUCUAAUGGAAGAGUCGGCGAUGGAUUGGACCUAUUUGCUAUAAUGCAAGAAGAGAGAGGGGAUUAUGGAAACAGGAUUAGUCCUUAUAAUAGCAUUCUUUAUGGGCUUUACAAGGAAGGGAGAGUCGAAGAAGCCAUUGAGUUUCUUCAUAGGAUGGCAAGUGCUUUUCCUAGAGCUGUCGAUAAAAGCUUGACGAUACUGCGAUUCUGCGAAUUUGGCAAUGUGGCAGAAGCCAAGUUAGUCUAUGAUCAGAUGGUUAAGGAAGGGGGAGUUCCGAGCGCGUUGGUUUACGCUGGAUUAAUCAAAGCUCUGUGCGAAGAGCGAAGGAUAAGGGAAGCAUUUGAUCUGUUGAAUGACAUGAUGGGCACGGGCUUGUUUCCGCUCAUUUCGAUGUUCAACGCUUUGGUUCGCGGUUUCUGCGACAAUGGCCAUUGGAGGAGCGCUUCGAAGCUGCUAGAGGAGAUGGCGCGGAGGGGUUGCGCUCCUGAUGCCGGUGUUGAUUCCAAUUGGAAGGAUAAAAGAUGCCACACCAAGCAAGAAUGUGAACAGCCCAGAUCAGAAAUAUAUCGAGAUAGCUACUGUGGAUGACUUUGAGUUCUGGUCCAUGGGCAUCGCUAGCUAUGAGAGAUCGUUCAUGUACAUACUUUCAAAUAUUACUCAUUAACCAUACUUCUAGACUUUUAUAGAAGCUCAUUCGGAAGUGGUUCGGAAUUCGGAGAAUGCUGAGACAGUAAUUGUUCAUGCAAGAUAGUACAACGUCUAGUUAGAUAUAAUAUAAUAAUUAUAUUUUAGGAGAAGAAUUGUAUCGGUAAGUUUUAGCAAAGGAGACUUCCUCGAACUCUUGAAG